CACUCGUAUCCGCCGACAUGAUUGCUCAGGUGACCCUGCUGCUGGUUGUCUCGACCACGGUACUUGCCGGAGGUUACGGAGGAUACGGGCACCACGGAGGUUCCAGCAAGACGUACAGGAAACAAAACGACCACGGCCACUACAGCUUCGGCUACGACAUCGUCAAUGGCUACGGCGCCGUCAACGGCCGCCACGAGACCGGCACGGCGUACGGCCCCGUGCACGGCUCGUACUACCUGGGCGACAUCGACGGCCGCCACAGGCAGGUGCACUACGUGGCCGACAAGUGGGGCUUCCGAGCCAUGGUGAAGACCAACGAGCCCGGAACCAAGAGCAGCCUGCCGGCCGCCGCUCCCUAUCACUCGGCCCACGGAAAGACAGUGCCCGCCUACGGACACGGUGGAUAUGGCGGAUACGGAGGCCAUGGAUACUACGGCUAGAAAGUAGUCGCCCUUUCCCUAGCGAUACCACGUCUUUCUCCUUUGCUCUAUGCGUCUCUUUACCAG